UAACCAACGACGAUGAAAACCCUAACCAUCCUCUUCUUUUUCCUCCUCCUUUCUAAAUCUCACGCCGACUGCGACUGCUCUGUCGUUGACGACUCCUCUUACCGCAACAAGCACGAGGCUCUCGUCCUCAAGAUCACCGCAAUCUUCUCCAUCCUCAUCGGCGGUUUCAUUGGAGUCUGCAUCCCGAUCCUCGGGAAGUGGGUCCCAGCUAUGCGUCCUGACCGCGACGUGUUUUUUGUGGUGAAGGCGUUUGCGGCGGGUGUUAUAUUGGCGACCGGAUUCAUCCACAUCUUGCCUGAUGCGUUCAAGAACUUGACGUCCCCGUGUCUGAGCGAUAAGCCGUGGGGGGAGUUUCCGUUUACGGGGUUUGUUGCGAUGGUGGCCGCUAUCGGGACGCUGAUGGUGGAUAGUUUGGCGACUGGGUAUUUUAACAGGAGGCAUUUUAUAGUUGAUGAUGGACAAAAGGGGAAGGGGGACGUUGAGGACAAUGUGCACGUGCACGAGGAGCAUGUGCACGUGCACACUCACGCCGGGCACGGGCACGCGCAUGGGAGUGUUGCUGCUGGUGGUGGAUCGUCGGAGUUGAUCCGGCAUAGGGUUAUUUCUCAGGUUCUUGAAUUGGGAAUUGUUGUUCAUUCUGUAAUUAUUGGAAUAUCAUUGGGUGCAUCGGAGAGCCCCUCAACUAUAAGACCUCUUGUCGCUGCUCUGACAUUUCAUCAGUUUUUUGAGGGUACAGGUCUUGGAGGAUGCGUAGUGCAGGCAAAAUUCAAAGCUCGAUCAAUGGCUAUAAUGAUUCUAUUUUUCUCCCUCACAACGCCUGUAGGAAUCGCUAUAGGCAUAGGGAUAUCAUCAGUGUAUAACGAGAACAGCCCAACUGCUCUCAUAGUCGAAGGCAUUCUCAAUGCAGCAGCCGCAGGGAUAUUGAUUUAUAUGGCACUCGUCGAUCUUCUUGCUGCAGACUUUAUGAAUCCUAAGGUUCAGGGUAAAGGAAUUCUUCAAGCAGCCGUUAACAUGUCGCUUUUAGUAGGAGCAGGAUUGAUGUCUCUGUUGGCUAAGUGGGCCUGAUACAUGUAUUUCAUCCAUUUUUGGAGAAUUUCAUUCUUUUUUUAACAUUUUGAUGAAGGUUGUCUCUGUUUUCUAAAUCUCAAGAUUUGAGUUUAAGUUCAGACAUACUACAAUUUAGAUUGUUUGCGCUUUAUUUGGCUUGACUGAUCUUUGUGCUUUAUGAAUAUUGGGACUGGGUUUUUGUAAUUAGUAGUUUGAUACUUGUUUUUAUUUUAGUAUGAAGAGUUAACUAUUAGUGAAAUAAUUUUUUAGUGAGCAUUGAAGCUUUGCAAUCGUAGUAAAAGGUAAACAUAACAAUUGAAAUUCAGAACAAGUAUCAAACUACUAAUUACAAAAACCCAGUGCCAAUAUUCAUAAAGCACAAAGAUCAGUCAAGCCAAAUAAAGCGCAAACAAUCUAAAUUGUGGUAUGUCUGAACUUAAACUCAAUCUGGAGAUUUAGAAAACACAGACAACCUUCAUCAAAAUGUUAAAAAAAAA